GAUUGAAUGGCAGUUGCAGGUUCAGGCAAUAAAUAUACUCCCAGCAAGUAUGGCAACUAAGCAAGGCAGUAAAUCACAGUGGGCUUAAGGGUUCAACUAUAGUGGUGGCUUGUCUGUUGGUACUUAGAUAUGGCUUUUGGAAUUAAUUUGUGGAUCGUGUUGCUUUGCUCCAUAUUCUCAGAACAUUUAAGAUCUGAUUGUGCUCCACAUGAUGCCCGGAGAUUAAGAGGCUACAUGUAUUCUGGCUCUUCCCAAGUGGAAGAUGAACAGAAACAACCAGGUGAUGGCUAUCCUCAGGAUCCAAUCAAACCAACUUUUAGUACUUCAGGAUCUGUCCAGAAUGAUGCUACUCCCAGAGAGACUGGCCCCAACACCCAUAACCAGGAACUAUCCCGCAGAGGCUCUGCUUCAAGCUCUGUCCAGCCUGCCCCAAGAAUGUUAGGCCUCUCUGGCUCUAUAGCCAGUAGAAUCUCUGUCAGCCACAACAAGCGUCACACCCGUGCCAGUAUAACCUCAGGCCAAAGUGUCACCAGCCCUAGUGCAGUGAAGAUGGUUUCAAGUUGGGAAGCAAAACCUUUCCAUUACAGCCUCGUUCAAGCAACUCUGGAUCUGUUCAGAAUUUCCUGGGAAGCCAUUUAUUCAAAGCAACCCCCCAGAAUUCUGUGGCACAAAGUGGAAUCUACCAGUCCGCAAGGGAAAUGGCUUCCACCCCUUACCUUCAAGCUCCCUCACGUGGUUCUUCAGGAACUUCAUUUAGACCAGGUCCUCUGCAUUUUGGGUCUACUGAAGGUGGGAGUGCAACAAAUGCGUACAAGCCCAGCUUCUCUCAAUAUGUCAAGCCAUACCAGAGUAGAUAUGCCUCCGCCAGUAGUGGUUCAACUUCUAGUCAAUAUGCCCAGAGUAUAGAUGUUGCCUCCAAAAGCAGCAGUAUCCCUAUACUUAGCCUGGGGUCUAGCUCCAGUCUCUUUACCCCAAGUUCUACGCCUAGUAAAAACUCUUAUGGAACCUACAAGCCUGGCUCUACCCUUGGUGCAACACCACGCCAGAGCAUGUUUACCUUUAACCAGGGUGGCAGUGCUUCAAUCUACAGCCAGAAUGUCCUUGCCGCCAACCAGAAGCCAGGUAGCACUACACCUGCCGACAGCAACCACAGACAAGUCUCUGGUCAGGUGGGGGACUACCAGCCUAGUUAUGUUGCCAGUAGUGGGCCAAUCUCCAUCCUCUACAGUUCUGCCCAGGCUGGCAGUUCUUCAACCUAUGUCCAGAAACCAAGCACCUCUAAACCUGCCCCAGGCAAAGCUAUCAG